AUGAUAUGCAAUGCAUAUGGUUUUGACUGUUUUGUUGUUGCUCUUGUGAAAACAGAACAAACUAUUCCCCCAAGCUUCACCAAACCAAUGAGUGAAAUACAGGAAAUAUUGGGAACAUUUGUUCAAAUUGACUGCAAAAUAUCUGGAUCCCUUCCCAUUACUGUGGAAUGGCAGAAAGAUGGAAACAAUAUUUCCGUUGGUGGAAAAUAUAAACUUGUUCGUCAAGAUAAUUCUGUGUCUUUGGAAAUCGAACAGUUAGAGAGAGCUGAUGCCGCCACUUACUCUUGCAAACUGACAAAUAAAGCAGGAAGUGUUGAAUGCAGUGGGGCACUUAGGGUGAAAGGUCAGAAUUGAUAACAUUCAUAUCAAAUUUAUAUUUUCCUCUCUUGUGAUAGGGUCAGGCCAGCUGAUUAACUUGGUUGCUAUUGUUUCUUUUCAAAUGUAUCUUUAGAGCCACCAAGCUUUGUGCUGUUGCCUGAGUCCCAGGCAGCUCUUCCUAACUCCAAUGUGCGAUUUAAGAGCACGUUUAAAGGAACACCUCCUUUCACAGUGAAAUGGUUCAAGGAUGACACUGAAUUGAUCACUGGACCAUCAUGUUUUACCGGACUGGAAGGAUUAUCUUGCUUCUUAGAUCUUUACUCAGUUGGAGUUUUGCAGAGUGGAGUUUACUCUUGUCAAGUUAGCAAUGAUGCCGGCACUGAAAGAUGUAGUGCCGAUUUAACAGUAAAAGGUUGGAACAUGCUCUUAUUUAAACUCUUGCAUUGGCUUCCAUCUUCCCAUCUUUCCUCGAUUGGCUUCCAUCGUUCCGUCUGUCCUCGAAUGCUUUUAUCUGUGCUCAAUUGCUUUGCAUUUUCACAGCUCCUUCACCAGUUCAUAGCACCUUCACCAACUCCACCAUCACAUCAACAACUGUUUGUCCACCAUGUGUCAUGCUUCCCAUUUCCCUUUUCACAUUCAUCUUGCCUUUACUCCUUAACAGAUCCAUCAAGUCAUCAAAUCACCUCUUUUUGCAGUUCAUUCCAAGCUUCAUAUUCUUUCACUUUGUCAAGUUGCAUGUGCCUCAAUAACCUAAUUUUGCUAUAUUUUGGCUUUGCAGAACCUCCUGAAUUUGUGCUGAAAUUGCCAGUCACAAAGUUUGUGAAGACGUGUGAGCCACUCCGUCUUGAAUGCAAAGUUACGGGUGCGCCCUCUCUGCGAAUGCAAUGGUACAAAAAUGACACUAAGAUCACAGAUGGUGACAACUAUAGAACUUCAUUCGUUGACUCAAUGGCAUUCCUUGAGCUGCACACCACAAGAUUAGAAGACAAUGGAGUCUACACUUGUGAAGCAACCAAUGAAGCUGGAAGCAUAAGCUGCAGCACAACUCUUACAGUCAAAGGUUAGCCAGUGAUCAAUGACAUGAUAUAUUCCAUAAUAAUCCAGUGUUAGUAUACUGUCUGUUGGUGGUAUUACAUCAGUAUGAAUUUGAAGCUUUGCUGCAUAUAACAAAGAGAGCUGCUUCUUAACGUUUGUCAAUGUUUUGUAGACCCACCAUCUUUCCUCAAAGUACCUCAGCCAAUUGAAGGAAUGAAAGGAAAGGAUGCUAGCCUACACUGUGAGAUAAUUGGCACAGCACCCUUUGAGAUUACCUGGUCCAAAGACAAAACAGCACUAAAAGAAAGUAGGAAAUAUAAGAUGGUGAAUGAGGGUACCUCUGCCACUCUUCAUAUCAUUGGAUUGGAAGCCUCAGAUGUUGGAGAAUAUGAGUGCAAGGCAUCAAACAGUGUAGGAUAUGAAACAUGCCAUACUACAGUUAAACUCAGAGGUUAGUAGAAUUGCGUCGUCGGUGGGUAUUUUUUGUUAUUUUAUUUCGAUAAUUGAUGUUCCAGCUUUUAACCAUGAACUACUCCCUCAUUAUGUUUUUUUUCUCCUGUCCGUGUUUGUCCUCUCUCAGAACCACCUACGUUUGUGAAGAAAUUGUCAAAUACAACAUGCAUAUUGGGUGAAGAAGUCACCCUGACAGCCACUGUCAAAGGCUCUCAGCCAAUGACUGCGUCUUGGGUACAGGAUAAGGAUCACAUUCUCAGAGAUGGUGACAACCGGAAAAUUACCUUUGACAACAACCAGGUCACUCUUAAAGUCUUUAAAGCAGAUUUACUUGCAAUGGGCAAAUACACCUGCCAACUCAGAAAUGAUGCCGGAGUUGUGGAAUGUUUUGCUAACUUGACUGUAUUAGGUUUGUACAUUUCAAUUUUCUCUCUUAAUUCCAUUUUCUAAUUCGCUUAGUUUUCCCCCCAGUCAUUGCUUUUUUUUCAUUCAGUUUCUGUAAGCACACCUCUUUUCAUGUUCUUUAUUUUCAGAACCAGCUAAAGUUGUGGAUAGACCAGAGUCUUUCAGUGUGACUGCAGGUGAUAUUGCAGCUUUAGAAGUCAAAGUGUCGGGGACACCAGAGCUGAAACCAAAAUGGUUUAAGGAUGGAGUCGAGCUCUCCUCUGGCCAGAAGUACAAAAUCUCAUUCUCAAAGAUGAUCUCCAGCUUGAAAGUUUUGUCUGCUGAAAGAAUUGAUACAGGAGAAUAUACAUUUGAGGUCAAAAAUGAGGUUGGCAGUGAUCUCACCAAAUUAAACCUCACUGUACUAGGUUGGUGGCCACUUCCUAAACACAGUGUAAUAUGAUAUUUGCCUAAUUGCCUAGUGUUUUGCCUAAUGCACUGGUUACUAACCAUGUCCUUCUAUAACAGAUAAAACCAUACCUCCAACAUUUACACGGAAAUUGAAGGAUUAUCAAGCUAUUGUUGGAAAAGCUGGUGAAAUGGACUGCAAAGUCUCUGGUUCCGCACCUUUCACCAUUACCUGGUACCAUGAUGGAGAGGAGAUCAAAACUGGACCAAACUAUGAGAUUGCAUUCAGUGACAACAACUGCACGCUCAAAGUGCCCACUCUUAAGUUGUCAGACUCCGGAGUGUAUAAAUGCAAAGCCGUAAACAAGGCAGGAACCAAUGAGACCAGUGCCUCUUUCAUUGUGAAAGGUCAGUAAAUAUGAGGUUUGAAUCUACAGAACUCGUUUGGGCUUCGUAAUGACUAUUGCUUUGUGAAGUAACUGAUUUAAUGUCAGAUGUCGGCAAGCUAAAAGUAUGUAAUUUUUGUAUUUAGAACCUCCUUCUUUCGUGAUGCCACCUCAGCCAUUGGAAGCCAUGCCUGGCACAAAUGUUUUGUUCUCAGCAAUUGUCAAAGGAAGUGCCCCACUGAAACUGAAAUGGUUCAGAGGCGCCAAGCAAAUUUUGUCUGGAAAAGGCUAUGAAAUUGCUCUGCGGGACAAUACAGCUACUAUGGAGCUAUUUAAAAUUGACAAAUCCCACGCUGGAGAAUAUACAUGCCAGAUUAUUAAUGAUGCUGGGAAGGAAAGUUGCCCGGUAAACCUGUUUGUGAAAGGUUGGUCAAUAAUUGAACAAAAAAUAUUUGUAUUACAUAUUUUUAUUAACAGAAUUAAAACAAAAUGACAAAAUUAAUCAGAAUGUGGACUAACAAACUUCUGUAUGAUUUAACUCAGAACCUGCGCGCUUUGUUAAGAAGCUGAAGGACCAUUCUGUGGAAAAGGGGAAAUCAUUGAUACUUGAGUGCACAUACACUGGAACCCCAAAGAUAUUUGUCACCUGGUAUAAGGACGGCAAACAGCUAUAUGCCUCUUAUAAGCACAAUGUCACUACAACUGAGACCUCCUGCAUCCUGGAGUGUUUAAACAGUGAUGAUAAGGAAGCAAGUGGGGAAUACUCUUGUGAAGUUUCCAAUGAUGCUGGAAAGGAUACCUGCAAAGCACAAGUGUCCAUCUUAGGUUAGUUUACCUAAGUUGACCUGGUAAUGUAUUGGGAUUGUCCUAUACUGUAUAUAUCUGAUGUACAUAUGCAUGUUUCUGAACGGUUUAUAUCUGUCACUUUAGAACCACCUUAUUUCAUUGAGAAUUUGGAGCCAAUGGAAGUGACUGCUGGUGAUGCAGUUUGUUUGAAAUGCCAUGUCGGCGGAACCCCAGAAAUAAAGGUGGCUUGGUUUAAGGCCGACGGAAAAGUGAGGUCCACCCCUACUUGCAAAAUAGAAUAUUCCAAAGGAAUUGCUUGCUUAAAACUGAGCAAAGCAGCCAAGGCUGAUAUUGGUGAAUACACAUGCAAAGCAGAAAACAACAUAGGAUCAGCCUCAUCCACCUGCCGUCUCUCUGUCCAAGGUGAUGCCCAGUCAUCUUUUAUUUAGGAAUGUUCUCUUUUUAAUCUGGAAAUAUUCAGUUUUGACUCUGCAUCAUUGUUUAUGAAAUUAACAACUAGUAUGAAGUUUUUUGCAGCUAAUGUCAUUAUAUUGUUUGUUGAACUAUCCUAUUUUCAGAGGCAAAAACGCCACCUACCUUCCCCAAGAAAAUAACCAGUCUUCAACAGACUGAAGGAAUGGAAGUGAAAUUUGAGUGCCGUGUGGCAGGCUCCUCACCCAUUGAGGUCUCUUGGCUUAAAGACGGUGAAACUGUGAAAUCCAACGACUAUACCAUGAGUUAUGAUGAUAACACUGCUGCCCUAAAAAUAGCCAGAGGUGAAAUGAGGCACUCUGGGGAAUACACUUGUGUUGCUACCAACAGUGUUGGGACUGCAUCCUGCAGAGCCAAACUCACUCUUCAAGGUCGGUCGGUUUUUCUUCAAAGAAGUAGUUUUUUGCUUGCUGACUGAGAGACAGUGCACGUUCUGUAUUAGUACAAUAUCAUAUUGUACAGUGUCAAUGCUUUCAUUUCAAAGUAUGCUGUAUGUUCCAACUCUUUCCCAUCAUUUAACUUUUAGAGCCAAGAUAUCCCCCUGUCUUUGAUAAAACGCUGUCACCCGUGGUGGAUAUUUCAGUGGGUGAUAGUGUGGAAUUGGAAUGCCACAUGACUGGAUCUUUGCCAAUAAAAGUAACUUGGUCAAAGGAUCACAAAGAUAUUCGAUCAGGGGGAAAUUACAAGAUGUCCUGCGUGGAUAACACCCCACACCUUACUAUAUUGAAAGCAGCUAAAGCAGACUCUGGCCGCUACUUUUGCCAUGCCACUAAUGACAUUGGAAAGGACUCUUGUUCCACUGAAAUUACUGUCAAAGGUAUUUGGCCCACUGGCACCCAAUUUUAGUCCCUCGUGUUUCUUGAGAGACAUUUUUGGUAUAGUACUUUGUUUGCAUUAGCCUUCUUUGUCACCUUACGUGACACCUAACGUGAACAUUGCAAUCUUGUUUCGUAAACCAUUCAUGCUUUUAUAUUUCUUUUCAGAGCGCAAAAUCCCACCUACAUUCACGAAAAAGCCCACAGAGACCCUUGAGGAUACAGAGGGCAAGAUGGUGAAAAUUGAGGCACGUUUGUCUGGUUCUCAGCCCAUGACCAUCAAUUGGUACAAAGAUGACAGUGAGAGUCACAGCUCUGAUCACUAUGACAUGUCCUUCAAGAGCAAUGUGGCUGUGUUGUGUAUCAAGAGCUCCAAAGUCUCAGACUCUGGCAGAUAUACCUGCAAAGCCACCAAUGAAGCUGGCACUGCCUCUUGCGAAGUGACAGUUACCAUAACUGGUAGGUCCAUAUAAUUACUUGUCUAUUUUGUUGUGUUUCUCCAUAGAAAAUUAGAUGUACAUAACGUGUGAAUGCAUUUCUAUGUCCCAUGUAUGUUUUUCCAUGACUCUUCACUAUUGAUCCAGAACACAAGAAACCCCCUACAUUUGACCCAGCUCUCAAACCUGUCACGCUGACCGAGGGAGAGAACCUGCAUCUUAGCUGUCAUGUCCAUGGAUCCCCUCCUAUGAAGAUUCAGUGGAUGAAGGACAGAAAAGACUUGAAAAACACUUCCAGCACUAAAAUCAUUUUCGCCGAUGACGUUGCCUCUUUGGAGGUCAUGCGCGUAUCAAAGAAUGAUGCAGGGGACUAUCUCUGCAAGGCAACCAAUGAAGCUGGUAGUGAAUUCUGCAAGGCCAAAGUGACUAUCAAAGGUACAUCUUCUGGACCAUAUUUUCAUUCAAGUCAUAUCCAAUAACUUGUGGAAUCAGCUGUCAUGAAUGAAUGAUUAUGGUUUUAUAACAGACUUCUUGAAUUAUGCUUUAUUGUAGAGAAAUCCAAAGCAGUACCUAAACCCGCUGAUGAGGAAUCAACAGCAGUACCAGUAAAGAAACUGGACAAUUUGUUCUUCAUCGAGGAGCCCAAGCCUUGCCAUGUAGCCGAGAGUAAGUGUCAUGAAAAGAGAUUUAGAAGCAUUUCAUUAUUAUUCAAUUAACACCCCACAUUGUUUAAUCAUUGGAUAUCUAACAUUUCCAUAGCAAGUGAUGUCUUCAAUAUGUUGUGUUCAUUUACAGAGGGCAUUGCAACGUUCAUCGCCAAAGUUGGAGGGGAUCCCAUUCCUAACGUGAAAUGGAUGAAGGGGAAGUGGAGGCAGAUCACUCAUGGUGGUCGCAUCACUAUUGAGCAGAAAGGCCCAGAUGCCAAGUUGGAGAUCAGAGAAAUAACAAAGUCUGACUCCGGACAGUACAGAUGCGUUGCAUCUAACAAAAAUGGAGAAAUAGAAUGCAACACCGACAUGCAUGUUGAGGAAAAGAAAGAAGUCACCGGAGUUGAGGGAGACUUCAGAGCAAAACUGAAGAAGUAAGUGAAUCUCUCUUUGACAAUUGUGUCUCUACCUUUCACAUUCCACAAGAAACUACAAAUAAUAUUUUCCAUGCGUAUCUCUUCGCUUUUUCAUCCUCCACAGGACUCCAUCUAAGCAGAAGAGUCCUCAGGAAGAGAAAGACAUUGACAUUGUAGAGUUGCUCAGAAAUGUGGACCCUAAGGAGUAUGAGAAAUACGCCCGCAUGUAUGGAAUUACUGACUACCGUGGACUUCUUCAGGCCAUUGAGCAGCUGAAGCGGGAGAAAGCAGAAGAAAGUGGAAGACCGGUAAAUUAAUUUAACAUAAAGUUGUAUUCAAUUGAAUUGAAUGGCUUUGUCUUUUUUUUAGAACAUACGUUUUUUAAAACGUAAUAUUAGUCAUACAAUACAGAAUUUUGUUGCUUUUUUAAAGGCAUAAUGGCCACACUAACUAGUUCUGCUAUGUGUUUUGUGUGAUUUAGGAACCGGAGAGAGAGAGAGAAUCGGACGAGGAUUUGGCCGCUCUUGUGGCUGAUUUGCAAAAGAGAAUGGAACGUACUGAGGUAGGUUCCUCAUUAGCUACCACAAUGAAAUGUCUGAAAAUGACAACAGCAGUAAUUAUCAUGUAUUAUAUGCAUAUACUGUAUGUCUUCUUUAUUUGUUUGCAGCCUGUCACCGUGAAUAAGGACAUAACAGAUCAAUCUACAGUCACCAACAAGGUCGCCACCUUUGAGUGUGACAUCAAGAUCAACUUUCCAGAGAUCACCCUGUCCUGGUACAAGGGAACUCAGAAGCUUGACAACAAUGAAAAAUACGAAAUCAACAUUGUUGGUGACCGUCACAUUCUGAAGAUCAAGCAGUGUCAAACUAAAGACCAGGGCAACUACCGUGUUGUAUGUGGCCCACAUAUCUCCAGUGCCAAAUUGACUGUUAUCGGUGGGUAUAUAUGGUUCUGCAUUUGUUUAUUCUGUACUUACAUUAAUGUUAUUGAUUUAUGUCUUUAUACUGUAUCUGUAAAUACUAACCGACAUGCAUAUUUGUUCUUUGUGUCUUUACAGAGCCUGAGGUUGAGAAACAUCUGGAGGAAGUUGCUGGUAAGGAGGGGCAAACAUGUACACUGUCUUGCCAGUUUUCUAUCCCUAAUGUCAAAACACAGUGGUUUAAGAAUGGAAAGCUUUUAGAAAUUAAGGGCAGAUACUCAUAUGAGGUGGUCAACAAGAUUCAGAGGCUCUCGAUUAAAGACCUCCGACCAGAAGACCACGGACGUUAUACCUGCAGAUAUGACAACCUUGAAUCAACUGCAGAUCUAUGGGUUGAAGGUUUGUAUAGAUUAAAACAUAGAAUAAUUGGUUGCUGUUGCAUCUCCCAUCAUGUUGUAGAGUGGAGAAGAUCAUCCCAAACUAACCUCUUUUUUUCUUUAUUACUCAUUUUGUCACUAAUCUUUAAAUGUUGUUUGUUCACUCAUUUUCUAUUUUUUGCACUUUUGAUUUGACAUAUUAUUUUUCUUCCUGAAACUCUGAUAAUAUUUUUUCUAUUUUCUUACACUUGUUGGUCUUGGAACUUUGCCCCAAACCAACAUUUCUUUGUCUUUCUUUCUUGUCUUUUGACUUUUUGUCUUUACUUUCAUCCCAUUGAAUCAUCCAUCAUGAUCUGUUGAACACUUCUAACCGCAUAUCUAUUCUCCAUUGUCCAAUUUGACUUGAAUUUGCACAUUUGAGUUUGAAUUAUGAGAAUAACCAGAAAUAUUCAAACUGAACUAAAUUCAUCACCACAUGUUAUCUGUUCUAGCUGAACAAAUUCACUUCACCAAACGUAUCCAGAACAUUGUGGUGGGCGAACGCCAAGCAGCCACCUUCGAAUGCGAGGUGUCUUUCGACAAUGCCAUCGUUACAUGGUACAAAGACACUUGGGAACUCAGAGAGUGCCCAAAGUAUAACUUCAGAAGCGAAGGCAGAAGACACUUUAUGAUCAUCCGCAAUGUAACCAAUGAAGAUGAAGGUGUGUAGUACCUGUUGCGUCAAACAAGCAGUUUAUGGAUUUUUUUAUUCUCGUUACCCAGAUGAAUACAUCAAAAUGGAUUAUUAAAUAAUCUUCAUUACUAAUCCUUUAGGCGUUUACUCGGUCAUUGUGAGGUUGGAACCCAGAGGGGAAGCUAAAAGCACAGCUGAGCUUUAUCUUUCAGGCAAAGGUCGGUAUAGUUGUUAGCAUUUGUUUUUGUUUUCCAGCUGUCUGAAUCUCAUAGUGGCCUUAAUUCAGGUUUUAAUAUUUAAUCUUCCUUUUUCACAGAAAUUGAAUUAGCAAGGGUACCCUAUGGUAAGUAUUUGAUUUCUAGCCACACUACGUCUCAAAUGUAUCACAAUUAUUGAUCAAAAUCCUAGUAAACUUAUCUUAAAUAUAUAAGUUAUUUUAUAUAUACUGUAUCUUUGAUAUUUAAACCAAAUUCAACAUCCUUUAGAUGUCCCUGAUUCAUCAAUACGAAUCCCUGAUAUGCCAUCUUCAGUUACUCUCAAAGGUAAGAAUGGGACAUAAGAUUGGCAUUAAUUAAAUAAAUCUAAACUAACCUAAUGAAUAUGAGAACUCAACAUCUAUAUGUUUUUUUAAAGAAUCUUCUGAAUACUAUUAUGAAGAAGAGAUGGAAAUGAGAGGUAUAUGGCCUUGCAUACUUUUAUAUUAAGCGUCUUUCCAUCACCAUCAAACCCCUUAUAAUCAUCAUAAAAUAAUUCACUAACGUUCGAUUAUUGUGCAAGAUUUCCAUCAUAUUAAUAGUAACCAUCACCAUCAUCAAUUGAACUAAUGCCAUGUUUUCACGUUUAUUCACGUUUAUUCAUGCUUAUGAUUACCCAGGAAAUGUAAAACUUGAAGUGUAUUUGAGAUUUAAAAAGGAUUCUGAAGUUUGUAAUUUCCACUUUGUAAUUUCAGACUUGAUUUUCCCUUACGAAAAGUGUAUCAACCCCUACAAAAUUGUCCAUGAAUUAUAAUCCACAUAAUAAUUCAAAUUUCCUGUUGAUGCAGGAUUAUUUUCCUGCUGUAGUAAACUGGCUCAAAUUAAGAUCCUACGUCUGUAUGUGUUUGUACAUCACCAAAAAAGAAUCUUCAACUUAGUAACAUGACCUAACAUUUCUGUCAAUAAUCACCACCAUCAAUUUAACCAAUUUAAUUUGAACAUGUUUAUACAGGUUUGUACACCUUCUAAAAAGAUGAUUCAGUAUUGUAUCACGACCUAACCAAUAUUCCAGCAUUUCCCCAUGCUCCUCACGCUCAUCUAAACAACAAAAUAUUUGUUCUCAUUCUUACCCUUUAUUAGAGUAUGAAAGCUGGACAGAAGAGACAGUAGUGCAGAAAAUCUCUACAACCACAGGUAUCCCUUAGAAUAGAUGUGACCAUUGCAGUUUAUGUCUGCUAGCAGCUAACUCAAGGGACCAAACAGUUCAUCUUUAACGUUCCACCUUGAGCCACAUUGGUAGUAAUAUGUGUGGUGCUUAAAAUCAUCCUUGUCUGUCUUUGUAUGUUUGAGCCACUCUUUGAAAAUAUCUUGAAACAGAAUGUAUGGGCUCCUACUCUUUGUAUGUGUGAUCGUGCCAUAGUGCACUAGCGUGUGUUUGUGUGUGCAGAACUCGUUCACAAAUCACGUCUUUCUCUCUCCUUUGUUGUCCCACAGGAGUUAUUUCAUUUCUGUGUCUAUAUUUGUGUGUUAUAACCCUAAACCUCUUUCCUUAGCUGAUGUGCCGUGUUGAACAAAUAUACUAAUAUAUUCUCAUUGUCUUAUCAGCCCCGAGAGUACCUGUUGAGGAAGAGUCCGUCCAGAGUAAGAAGGUUGGAAUGAGGGAGGAAAUGCCACAAAAAGGUAUUGAAAGAACAACUUUUGUCUGUCUUGGCUUACAGCAAUGUUAUGGCAAAGUUGGCAAUAGAAGUUCAUGAUCUUUGUCAAUGUGUCAUUUAUUAAACUCUGUUUACAGCUUGAUUUUCUUUUAACCGCGUCAAAGUUUUUCCCUGCCAUGUCAUGCUCAAUUUCAUUCCAUGUCUUACUUAGUUUAACCUUGGUUUGUACUUUCAGUAUUUAUGAUAUUUUAUUCUUUGCUCUUAAAUUGAUCAGGCAUAGUGGCUUAUGUGUUUGUCUGUAUUGUCUUCCAUAAUAUAUGUGCUUCUUUGGCAAGUACUUUACAUGUGAAUGCAUGAAUGUACACAGUAGAUAGAGCUUUGCUAUAUAGGGCUAACACAAUGAGUAUCUUUAAAGUUUCUGAAGCUCACAAGAAACCCGAGGACAAGGCUAAACCAGCUGAGGCAGCAGAACCACAUAAAGGUAUCUAAAUAUCUGCAUUUCUAAAUUGUAUUUUGUGUUGAUCUGGUUGAUGUGUGUACAUGUUGAUAACUUACCCAAGUGUGUCUCUCCUGUUAAAAAAAACUAAAUUUGAAAAGAAGGGCUUUUGCUGUAAAUAUUCAACUUUUGCAUUACUGGUUGUCUGUGUAAAGCAACCAAUGUCCACUACUGUAAAUUAAAUUAUUAGAUUAAUUAUAUUUGUCCCAACACAUUAACUCAGUGAUAACUUGUACUUACUGUGAUGAUAUUUUCAAGUACCUGAAGCCAAAAAGCCAGUGGAGGAGAAGAUAACUGCAGAGGUUGUCCCAGAGAAACAUCCCUCUCCAAAAGGUAUAGUCUUACAUCAGAAAUGAUGUGCUUGUCUAACCAUCUUGCCAUGUUUGUCAUGUAUUCUUACUUUUCUUUUAACUAAAUCAGUGAAUUUGUUUGUUUUAGUUGAUUGUGGUUGUUGUACGUAAACCUUGUUUUCGUUAACUUAUUUAUUUCCUUUAAGUGUCCGUAAUUAUUUUGUAUUUAUUUGCAUGACUUCUAUAACCAAUAUUGUACUCUUUUUUUUUGUUGGUGUAUGUAAUUGCUCACUUUCAAUAUCUUAGAAGAGCAUGAAGAAGCAAAGAAGCUUUUCCAUAAGCCAGCUGAGAAACCUGAACAGGUUCCCUUAAAGAAAGGUAUACUGCGUUUUUCCAUGUGCUUCAGAAAUGCUCCUACUGCUGCUGUUGGAGCUCUUAUUAUGUUGAGUCUCUGUCCUGAAUAUUUUCAGCUGUCUGUCUCUUAAUACCAUAUCUUCUUGUCAGUCUCUUGUCUGUCUACUUCACAGUUUCUAAAUAAUCUAUGCUGCAAUUUCUAACACUGCGUGUUAUUAUCCCAAAGGAUUCUGUGUGAAUAAGCCUGUGUGACUAAGUUUGUCCACGUCUGUCACUUUGUGCAUUGAGUUUAGAGAAGUUGUCUCAAUCAUACUCUUGUCCCAUGCGUUUAUGGCUUUCACUCUUGUAACCGGUUUUUCUUGAUAGCCCAUAGCUUAUAUUGUUUCUAAUGUUGAUGUCUGUAUUACCUGAAGAUGUCCCUCAAGCUGCACCCCAUGUUGCGGAGCCAGAAGCUGAGUCAAAACCAGAGCCUAAGGUUUCACCUGUGGCUAAGGUUGAACCUGAACUGAAGGGUGCACCUAUAAAGAAACCAGAGAGUCCACCAUCCAAAGGUAUUUCCUGUCAUGUCUUGUUUUGUGGAGUAUUUAUUCUCCUCUCUAAUGUCACCUCUCCUUUGUUUGUGUAAUCGUACGUGUUCCUGUAUGUAAUAUUAUGUUUAUAUAGCUUCUAAGAUAGAAGUGAAUCUUUAUUUUGUGUCAUAUCUUUAUAUAGUGUAAUUAUUACCUUGGUAUGUGAACUCUAAAUCAAAGUGUAUGUUACUUUAAGUUCCUGAGAAAGCUAAGAAACCAGAGGCUUCAAAACCAGAACCAGGAAAGCUAGCGGCAGUUAAAAAGCCAGAGACCGCAUCUACUCCUUCUCCAAAGGAGCCAGAGCCUACUCCUGCUGCAAAGAAGGUCCCAUCACCACAAGGUAUCAGUAUCUCUCAAAAGAGAGGCAGCUUUCUGAGUCUUUUAACAACUUGUAUGCUCUUUAUAGUCUUCUGUUUGUCAGUCCAUCUUUGUCUGUCUUUGUCUGUCUGUGGCAUUACAAAGUUUAAGACUAUGUAAUGUCACGUAUUUGGAAUCCGUAUUUGUUGUUUUCUUUGUCAAUUAUAUGUCUGUUUGUUAUGCUUUCAUCACAGCACAUGGUAUAUUACUGAUAAUUUGCAUAUUAUUUUGAAGUGCCAGAAGCACAAAAAAGACAGGAGGUAACUCUGCAGCAACCAGCUACCAUCCCUCAAAAAGUGGACAGAGAGGACAUAGAGCCUCAAAUACAACCUGUGCCAGAACAAGGUAUACACAAUAUAGGUUGUCAAUGCUUCUCCCGUUAAUGUUUAAUGGCUUUCUUCUAAACAACCCCAGCUUUGAACAUCUAUGUCUUGUUUGUGUCUAUGUUCACGUUUGGUGUCGUCUAACUUCUACGUCACAGAGUUUGCGCAGAACUGAAAAGUAUUUUCACCGGUUGCUUAAUUUUGUCUCGUCAUAAUCAUCGUCAUACGGUCUUACCACUCGAUAGAGUGUGAUUUGUGCAAUGUCUGUGUUUUGAAACUACUUUCUUGAAUAUCUUCAUUGUAUAUGCAUGUUUUUAACACACUUAAAUGGUCUUUUAAGUUCACGUGGAAGAAAGAAAACCAGAACCUGAAUCCGUUAUUGUGAUUCCAAAGGAGGAUACACUGCAAAAAGGUAGGGAUUUAUGCACUGACUUAUGUACUGUACCGUACGUACUGUUUACUGUGACGUCUUAAGAGUCUUCUUGAACUCUUUUUCUUAAGUUUACCGUCUUCUGGCUCUCCUUUUUCCUCAGUUUUGUGUCUGUUUGACAAUCUAGACACAAGGGUAACACUUGAGCUAUCAUCAUGAAGCUGACUUAAUGGUGUUACAAUAUGACAUAAUAUUAGACUUAUAGUUUAUCAUAAGUUGUUAAGACUUAUGAUAAAUGAUGACUAUUGACUGUUUUAGACAUGGGUCAUGUUAUGUUUGUGACCAUGUUGACAAUAUGGUUGAGGUAAAGUGUUACAUGUGUUGCCACGUGACGUUCUGUUUGUCAUAUUUGAUGUGUUGUGCAACAACCCUUCUGUCACUCUUCUGUGUUACCAAUGUCUAAUGCAUGUCUUGUGUGUGCUUCAAGUAUUGGAGCCCAAACAAAAACCUGUACCUGUUGAGAGAGUACCUGAGAAAAAACCUACUGAAAAGGUACCUGUUGCUAAACCUAAAAAGGAGAUGGAAGAAGAAAAGAAAGUUCCAACUUCAGAAAUAGAAGUUAUGCCACAAAGAAAAGGAACUCCGCCAGACACAGGUAUUCUAAAUGUUCUGUACGUUUGUGUGUUAAAUUUUUUACAAUCUUAUUUCACCUCCAAAUGUAGAUAUCAGGUGCAUAAUGGUAUGCUAGUACUACUUUCUUAUAUCUGUGUUUUUUUAACCCAAUGUUUGUCUUUAUGUUGUGUUUUGUCGUUAAUCUCUUGCAACCACCAUUUGGUGGGAACUCUUAAAAACAUAUUUGGAACUUCAAGUGACUUCUAGUCUUCAGAUGGCUGAGAAAAGGAGAUCUUCGAAAAUUCACAAGUUGCGGGAGUUUUCCGACAUGAUGGAGAGAGCUCCUCCAAUAGAAGAAGUCUUUCAGCAUGAAGAAGUGGGGCAUGAAUAUGAAGAGGUGUCAUAUGAGAACAAAGGUGACAUAUUGGACAAGAGCACUACAUCGACAUUCCAACCGAAGAUUUCAGUGACGACAAAAGAUACCCUUCCAGAAAAAGUAUCUGUCCAAAAAUAUAAAAAGUCAGAUAUGAAACAUGAACCAUCUCUUAGUGAGGUUUCCAAGAGGAAAGAUAGAGCUACUAAGGUUUUUACUACACCGAAACCAAAGGAAAGAAGUGCUGUUGAAAUUAGGUCUGAUCUAGAGGCAGAUUUACCAACCAAACAGGAUAGAUCUCUUCGGAGGGAGUCUCAUGAAUCGUCUACAAAAGGAGAAGAAACACUUCUAAGGAAAAGUGUUUACCCUGCAAGUUUAGUGUCUAGAGAGGAAGAGGAGACAGGCAUCAAAACUAAGGGAACUCGUUUUGUUGAUGUAAUUGAGUUAAAGACAGAACAGGCUACUAUUGAAGAUAUACCUAUCUAUCAAGUAGUUCAAUCUAUAGAAGAACAAUUUGUCCAGAAAGUUGACAAAGUUACUACAAAAGACAGUGUACCUAUAAAAAAGGAUACAGUAUCUUUGGAAGUAUUAUAUGAUGAAAAAGCGGACACUGGACUACAAAAAUAUGAAGAAGUUACCGUCAUGAAACAAGGGAGUGCUAGUAUGAGUGAAGAAAUAUCUAUGAAAAAGUAUCCUGAUUUACAGCAGGUAGUUAAGGGUGAAAGCAAGGCUAUAGACAUAGAUAAAAAAGUGAAAAGAAAGAAAACAGACAUUGUAAAGAAUAAGGAAAUUACCACCAGGGUAUCAGACAAGAAGGAAAUGUCAGGUGGAAGACAGGAGAUUCAUGUUAGGACAGAUUAUAGUUCUCCAAGAAAAUUAUCUCCCCAGGAACAUGAGGAAUAUGUUUCAAAACAAGAGGCAUCUGUUAUGGAUGUUUCAGAGAAUAGAAAUGAAGCCACAGAUAUUAUUCUCCCCGAACCAACAGCAAGAAAAUAUACUGACAGUCGAUCUAACCGAGAAAGUAUUGCUCAAUCGGUAGAAUGCAAAGAACCAGUAGAAUCUUCUAUCAGAGUAGAAUCAGUAAGGGAAGAAAUAUCAAAUAUUCAAGUUAAUACAGGAAAGGACAAAAUACAUUUGUCAGAAGGUAUCUCUCCAAAAAAAGUGGCCUUGCCCAAAGAGAAAGGACAUGGAUUAGUUGGUACUGAAGAGAUACCUUGUACGGUUGAGGACUUCCAAUCAAAGAAACAGGUAGUUGAGAAAGGCAAACCCUCCAAAGUAAUUCAAUCCAAGCAGGAAACUUUUGAGAAGACUCUUACUACGGGAGAGGAAACCACUGAAGAGAUUCAUUUUAGAGUUGAGGCCAUCCAAACUAAGAAACAGGUAGUUGAGAAAGGCAAACCUGCCAAAGUAAUUGAAUCCAAGGAAAGUGCUGAUAAGACACUUACUACGAGAGAGGAACCCAUCGAAGAGAUCCCUCUUACAGUUGAGGACAACCAAACUAAGAAACAGGUCAUUGAAAAAGGCAAACCUGUUGAAGUAAUUCCUUCUGAAGAGGAAACUCUUGACUCAUCGAAGGAGGAAAAGAUCUCUUCAAAAGCCUCGCCUUCAAGAGGUAUACUAAGUAAAUCUAACAUGUUUCAUCUCAUCAUCUUGUCAGCGAAAUCAUCCAUCAAUUCCAUUUCAUGCUUAGUUUGAAAUCAAACUUUUUUGCCCAGUAUUGUUCAUCAAGUCGCUUCAUUCUAGUGUUUGCUAAUCAACAUAUCCUCUUAUGUGGUCAAAAUCCACAACUCUUGUGUCACUCUUGCGUAAGUCUUGCGAUUCUCUCUGUUGUUUGUGUGUAUGUUUUGUGUCUCUUUUGUGUUGUGUUUUCUAUUUGAUCACAUCUUUAUUUGGUAUUGUAUUGGUGCUCCACUGCUUACCCCAAACUGUAGUAUCUUGAUUUUUACCAUAGUGUAAUUUCAUUUCAAGUACCAGCAAAGAAGAAGGAAUCACCUCCACAUCCUGUUGAACCACUUACAAAGAAAGUGUCUCAGCUAGAGAAAACUCUUGUUGUUGAAGGGGUAACAGAAUCUGAGCCAUUUGCAAAGAAAGUGUCUACGCCAGAACCUAAGCCAGAGGCUAAGACAGAGCCUAAACCUAAACCAGAGGAUACACCAGAGCCUAAGCCUAAACCAGAGCCUAAAUCAGAGCCUAAAUCAGAGGUUAAGCUAGAGGCUAAGCCAGAGAAGAAGGCUGUUACUGAUGUAGGGGUGAAAGAAUCACCUCCACAGCCCGCUGAGCCACUUGUAAAGAAGGUGUUGAAGACAGAGCCUAAACCUAAACUAGAGGCUAAGCCAGAGCCUAAACGAGAGGCUGAGCCAGAGGCUAAAAUAGAGACUAAAACUAAAUCAGAGGCUAAACUAGAGGCUAAAAUAGAGCCUAAGCCAGAGCCUAAACCAGAGGUUAUGCCAGAGCCUAAGCCUAAACCAGAAGCUAAGCCUAAACCAGAGGCUAAGCUUGAACCUAAACCAGAGGCUAAGCCAGAGAAGACUGUUGUUACUGUAAGGGUGAAAGACUCACCUCCACAGCCCGCUGAGCUACUUGUAAAGAAAGUGACUACACCAGAGAAGACUGUAGUUGCUGAGGAGGAGGAAGAAUCACCUCCAAAGCCACUUGUAAGGAAAGUGGCUAAACCAGAGUCGAAACCAGAGAAGAAGGCUAUUACUGAAGAUGUGUUUCUUUCAAGUAAAGAAGAUGUUGCAACUCGAAAAGGUAUAACAAGGGCAAUCCUUGAAAUCUUCACUCUUGCGUCACUCUUAAAAUUGUGUUUUCUUUUGUUGUUUGUUUGUAUAUUGUUUGUCUGUACGUUUUGUGUAUUUGUGUUUGGGAUACUUCCUUAUUUGUUUCUCCUUCUGUGUUUUCUGUUUGAUCACAUAUUACCUUGGUAUUUUCUUGGUGGUUCACUUCUUACACAAAUCUGUAGGAUGUUGUUCUUGACCAUAGUAUAACUUUAUUUCAAGUACCUGCAAAGGAGAAGGAAUCACCUCCAAAGCCUGCUGAGCCUCUUGCAAAGGAAGUGCCUAAACCAGAGAAAACUAUUGCUGAAGAGGUGAAAGAAUCACCUCCUAAGCCGGCAGAGCCACUGGCCAAGAAAGUAUCUAAACCAGAGUCUAAGCCAGAGACCAAGCCAGAGAAGGUGGCAAAGAAAACAGCUAUUGCUGAGAAGGUGAAGGAAUCACCUCCAAAGCCCACUGAGCCACUUCCUAAAAAAGUGCCUAAGCCAGAGACUAUGGUUAUUGCUGAGGUGGAAUCACCACCAAAGCCUACUGAGCCACUUGCAAAGAUAGUGGCUAAGCCGGAGAGUAAGCCAGAGAAGACAGCUAUUACUGAAGAAGAUGUUGUUCCCAAAAAAGGUAUAAAAAAGAAAUCUUGAAAUACAAAUCUUUAAUCUUCCCUCACUCUUAAAAUCUUUAUAUUUUGUGUGUUAUGUUUGUUUAUGUUAUGUGUUUUUGAUGUUUUUCUCUGUCUUUGUGUGUGCUAUGUUUAUAUUUCAUAACAUCUUUCUCUGAAGCUUUGUCAGUGGUCCAAUGCUUACCGCAAUCUGUAAUAUCUUGAUUUGUCAGGUCAUUAUUGUAAAAGAGAAUGUGUUCUCAAUGACUUACCUGGUUAAAUAAAGGUUCAAUCAAAUAAAUAAAUAUGGAUUUUGACCAUAGUAUAAUUUUAUUUCAAGUUCCAGCAAAGGAAUCACCUCCAAAGCCUGCUGAGCCUCUUGCAAAGAAAGUGCCUACACCAGAGAAAACGGCUAUUGCUGAAGAGGUGGAGUCACCUCGAAAGCCUGCUGAGCCACUUCUUAAGAAAGUGUCUUUGCCAGAGUCUAAGCCAGAGCCUAAGUCUGAGCCUAAGCCAGAGAGGAAGGCUGUUGCUGAGCCUCCAAAGCCAGCAGAGCCACUUGUAAAGAAAGUGUCUAAGCCAGAGUCUAAGCCAGAGAAGAAGGCUGUUGCUGAAGUGGUGACUCUGUCAAGUGAAGAUGUUGCUGCCCAAAAAGGUAUAACAAGGACAAUCCUUGAAACACACUCUUAAAAAUCUUGCUAUCCUGUCUGUUAUGUUGGUGUGUGUUAUGUAUUUAGGAUAUUACGUAUUAUCUGUUGUGUCUUAGUGUGUUGAUGACAUGUUUCUUCUCAGUGGUUUAAUGCUUACCCCAACAUGCAGUGUCUUGAUUUUGACCAUCGUACAAUUUUAUUUUAAGUACCAAUAAAGGAGAACGAAACAUCUCCAAAGCCCACUGAGCCACUUGCAAAGAAAGUCAGUCCUCUUGAAGGUACAUGUCUGUUUAAUGUUGCAUCAUGUAUGUUCUUUAAAUACAUUCGUGAAUGAAUGUUUCUUGGACAAAUCUAAAUCUUAAACAUUAUUUUGAAGCUCCUCAAGAUAAGAAAAAGACUACAGAGGAAACAAAGCCGGCCUUCCAAGUGCAAGACCAAGAUGAUACGGAGACAGGUAUUCAGCUAAUAAUGUUCACAAACAUCUAGACAUAAAAUGACAAACUAAUAUCUUGAAAACCAUCCAAAUACUACUAAGCGAUCUAUCUUAAGCCUCAUUAUAGUCAUAGAGGGUUGAGGCUAACGUAUUUUCAAGUCACCAAAAUGUUUUUUGCAUUAAUCUCAUUCAACAAAGAUUGUUGCCUCUUCGAUCCACAAAAACAUUCCUGUUCUUUGUCCAGUCUCGUUCUAAUGUUUUAUGUGCAUGUUAUACUAUUUAAAUCAGGUAGGUGCCACCACUAACCAAAUUCACAGCAAUGCUGUGGUUUUGUAUGUAAUGUCAUAUCAUGUUGAAUGUCUUACUAAGUUCUCAUCCUGAAAUUCAUUAGUGAAUUUUAGCAUGUCAUAGUUUCCCUCUUAUAUCUUCACUUGAUAAUAUUACUUCAUUUGUCCUCAUCUUUGAUUGGUUAUGGGAGGAAAUUCCCUUGGAAUUCCCGAUUGGUUCCUCAAGGUAAUGUACAAUACCAUUCAAAGAGAAAAGUGAAUCAUUCUCCUUAAGUGAUUGGGCUGGUUAUACAACUUCCCUCAAUCACAUCUCAAUGUCCUAACCGUACUUGAUACAUUGAGGCUUGUAUCCCAUAUAUCUUCAAAUGAAUGUGAAUCUUUGUACUAAAACAGUGUUUACUUUUACAUCAUUUCCCUACUAGGUGAAGGCAAGCAGGCACCUGGAGCAGCUAAGAAAGGUAUGAUGAAUACUUUGUUUUAUACUUUACAUUUCACUAUUCCUUGCAUAUAAAAAAAUAUCCAGCUCAAUAUUUUAAAUAUACAGUCGAAUUUCUUACUUUAUCAUUGUUGUUUUGUUUGUUUGUAGAAUUUUGUUUGUUUGUUCGUUGGUUGAGUUUUUUGUGUGUUGUCUUGUAGAGCAAAGUCUCAGUGUUUGAUGUGAUGUUUUCAAUGUUGUUAUCUUGUUAAGUGAGCUGUUAUGUGUAAUAUGAAACCUUUACUGCAGUUCUCCGACAAAAAGCAAAAAUUCAUGUUGAAGAAGAAGAAACACUUGUACUGCCAACCUUGAAGAAAACAAGCAGGAGAUCCAAAGACGUGGAGCAAGAACAGGAGAUUAUAUCACUGAAGAAAGUGCCUUCAGUCCCCUUUGAAGAUCUGCCAGCACCACCAAAGAAACCUCCUCCGAAAAUUACGAAGCAUACAAUCCAUGACUUUGAAGAGAGAGUGUAUGAAGAAACUGAAGUAACAAUAUAUGAAAGGUAUGAGGCAGAGCAAAUCAGCAAGACAGAUAAAAUCAGCCAGAUACCUGAUGGAGCUAAAGGAAAGACACCUAAAGAGGUUGAACCAAAAGACUCAAUUGAGGACAAAUGGUCUCGGAAGACCAUUCCCAGAGAUGAAAAAGAAGAGGACAAAAUUACUUUGAAGAAAACUCCCAAGGGUAUGAAAGAAGAGGCAGCAACAGACCCCAGUUUAGCCUUAAAGAAAGUGUCCAGAUUGCCAUCAGAUGAAAAAGGAGAAGAAACUGUGAAGUUAAAACCGUUCCAAAAAUCUCCUAAAGCAGGGACUGUUGAGCCAGAGAAGGACAAGGACAAAGAUAAGGAAUCUGGGGCUUUCAAAAGAGGUGAGAGACCACCAAGAGAUGAAGACAUCAAAGAACCUGUUGAUCGUAAGAAAGCUGAUAGAGUUCCUAGUGCUAAAGAAGAGCCACAGGCAGUCAAAUUAAAACCAGUGACCAAAGAUCCUGAAGAUGAACAAGUCCAGGAUUCGGACAAACCACUGACAAAGGUGAAAAGGAUCCCAACACAGGAGCAAGAGAAGGAAGAUGUUAAAUUGAAGCCAUUUUCAAAGUCACCUAAAGCUGAUACUGAAGCUGUGAAGCCAGAGAAGGAGCCUGAGAAGAAGAAAGAGGCUCAAAAAACCCUUAAACAAAAGCCAAGUCCUCCAAAGACAGCACCCAUAAAGAAAAUGGAAAAGAGUCCUCAAGAGGAAGAGCCAGUACAGUUAAAAAAGGUUGAGCAGGUGCCAAAAGAACCAGAGGACAAAGAAAAAGACAAACCCUCAAAGCAUGAAGAGACACUUAAGAAAAUGGUGGAACUGAAAAAGACUCCUUCACCUAAGGUUGAAAAACCAAAGCCAAAAGAAAUAGAAAAAAUUACUAUGGAGAGGAAGCCUAGUGCAGAAAGGACCAAAAAGCUGCCCAAAGAAGUUUCACCAAAAGAUUCAUUUGAAGGUGUUACCCUCAAAAAAGUUCCAAAGAAAUCACCACAAGAGGAAACUGAUGGAGCACCACUGAAGAAGGUGCCAGCAAUGAAAGAGCUUUCCCCUAAAGCUGUACAGUUACGAAAGAUCUCGACUCAGCUGGAGGAGGAAGUAUUUGAGGAGGAGCCAGAUGUUGAGGAGGAAUCUGACAGUGAAGGUUGGGGAUGGGAACUUGCCCCUCAUGAUAGUCCUGGAUCCACAGAAGACUUGGGAGAGGAAGGUGAUGCACUUGGAAUGCCAAGACGAGGUGAGAUGAAGGCUGGAGCGAAUCACCAUUGAAGAAAAAGUCCUUAACCCAAAAUAAUCUCCACCCAUUUCCAUCUGAAUGUUUUCAUGUUCUACAUGUUAAUGUUUGUCAUAAUUUCGUAUUGUUUCUUCAUGUCGAUCAUUUUCACCAGAAAAAGUAUUUCAUCCCAAAUAAUCUUCAUCCAUUUCCGUCUUAAUGUUUUCAUGUUCUAUGUGUUGUUUGUCAUCAUUUUGUGUUGUUUCUCCAUGUCAUUCUCCAUGUUUCUGUUAAUUGUCUGUCAAUCCAUGUAAAAAGCACAUUUGGCAUGUUGUUUUUCCAAAUGGUAUUUGACAUUGUGUAGUAUAUACCCAUCUCCCAUCGUCCAUUGUUCAUUUGUUUCCAUCAUCACCCUUCGUCUUUAUUUAUCUCUCCAUAUUGUAUGUACAAUUCUGAGUAAAAAUAUUUAUAAGGGAUUUGAAUGUGACCUGUCUUUACGGUAUAGUCAUUUUAAAUAUCUUAAACAGAUGGAAAGCCAGCAGAAGAAGCUGGUGCAGGCAGAGGUAGAGGUAGAGGUAGAGGCCUCAAAGGUAAGACUGUCCGAUCCUGUUGGUUGCAUCCAUGUGAAAAUAAUAACUUCUUUAGAGUGCAGCGUCAGCACACUCUACUCUCAAUAUAAUCACUGUUCAAACUUUAAAACGAGCAGACUGACUCAACUUAAAUUGCUUGUCAACAGCUUUUUAAUAUAAUUUAUACUUUUUAAACUAUUAAGCUUUUUGUCCUCCCCAAAGCCUCCAUCCACUUCAAUGGGAUGUCUUCAACAUUCUAAACUUCCCAUAAUUCAGCAAUGACAUCCAACAUUCUAUCCACUGUCAACACUUGCUUUUGACACAAAUCAGCUACUUUGACCACUUUCCUAACAAGUUAGACAAAACGUAGUCUAUAACCAGGUUUCCAUCCAACCUUUUUAUGCGAGUAAAAUACAUGUUGGAUAAAACAGUGGGCACAUUCCCUAUAUAACAUAACAUUAUUUUGUGACAAAACCAUCAGUAGUCUUGCAAAUGCGAUGGAAAUCAUUGAACUUACUCUUUAUUCGGUACAUGGGAAUUUAACCGCAAAAGUAAUGUGCACUAUUUCAUCACACACAGCCUUUUAUCAGUCAAUUUGAUGGAAACACAUCUCUGGUGGUAAAAUGUGCAUAUUGCUUUUAUGCAGAUUUGAGAACAUUUGCAUAAAAAUCUGUCGCCAAUUGGAUGGAAACCUAGUUUAUGAUGUAUUUGUCUCUUUCUCUGCUUAGAUAUAUCUACUACCAAUCCAGAGAUACAGCUGUUUUACUAACCUUGUCAUCUACUUUUUCUCUUAACUUUUAAAAUCUGAAAUUUUGACCACUUUCCCAACAAGUUAGACAAAGAGUGUAUGAAAUCUUUGUCUCUUUCUCUGCUUUUCAAAUAAUAGAAUGGAAAUGUAUUCUACCAAUCUAGCGAUACAGCUAUUUUAGUAACCACAUAAACUUAUUUAUUUGGUUGCUACACUCUUAGUAAAGGUGCUAUCUAGAACUUAAAAGGUUCUUUGGCUGUCCCCAUAGGAGAACCCUUUAAAUAACCCUUUUUGGUUCCAGGUAGAACCCUUUUGAGUUCCAUGUAGAACCAUGUAGAGCUGUUUGAAGCUGGUGUACAAAACCAAAAGUAAAAAAACAAAACUUAAGAACGGGAAGCAUAGAAAUAGUUCACAAAGAACAGAUUUACGGAUUCUUAGACUUGCUUUCAAGUAGAAUGAUAGAUCUAUAACUCACAUUUCUAUGUGAAUUUGGUCAGUUCACCCAAAACGUUACAUAUUGCCACUUUAACUGAUGUAAACAGGCUAAACAUCUAAUCUGUGUAAUUGUGUCUGAAUUGUAGCAGGCAAAACCCCAUCCCCUGGUGAAGGCAGGGGUAGAGGACUGAAACCCGGUGGUGGAGGAGACAAGCCACCCGAUGCUAAUCCUUUUGGAUUCCAGCUUAAAGCAGUUCCACUGAAGUUCACGAAACCGCUCAAAGACAUAGUGUUACAAGAAGGUGAUGCUGUUGGUGCUUCUGCUACGUUUGAGUGUGAGGUUUCACCUUCUACUGCAGUAACUACAUGGAUGAAAGAUGACAGCAACCUAAGAGAGAGUCCAAAACACAAAUUCACCUCUGAUGGCAAAGAUCGCAGACUAGCCAUUAUUGACGUCCAACUUAUUGACACUGGAGAAUAUACUUGUGUGGCCAAGCUUGGCAACAAGGAAAAGACAACAACCGCCAAACUCAUUGUUGAAGGUAUUUCAGAUAAUUUUCUUAAUUGAAAUAAUGUGAAUUAUUUAUAUUAUAUAAUAAUGAUUUACAAUUAAUUAAUUAUGUAUUUAUAAGAAUCAUAUUUUUUAACAACAUCAUGUUGAAAAGCUGAUCGCAAUUCAUUUACAGGUGAUGUAGCUUAAAUAACGAUUGUUUACUUAAUGUCUUGUUUUAUAUUGUUGUAUGAAAAUGUAUACUGUAUAACUACACAAUUCUAUGGAGAGUACUCCCUUUUUGAUCAAGUAUUCCUUAAUCUAUGUAGCUUCUAUGUCACAUUUAAGUUGCGCUGAUUAUUACAUGUAUGCAUUAUUGAUAUGGGUUGAUGCAUUUUACCUUUACAUUUUGAUGCAAAUAACUUAUAUGCAAAUGUGUAUGUAAAUAUCGGACUAAUACUAACCCAAUACUUAUGCAUUCAGAACUGCCCGUGAAGUGGGUGAAGGAGCUGGAUGAGGAGACGUCGGUCCUGAAGGGGCAGCCUAUGUACCUGACCUGUGAAUUGAACAAGGAGAGAGAAGUGACCUGGAUGAAGAGUGGUAAUGUCCUCAAAGUAAUCCCUGGAAAGGUGGCCAUCAACGUCAUUGGAAUGCAACAUGCCGUUACGAUCCAGAACACGGGCGAUGACGACGCUGGAAUCUACGCAUGCGAGUGUGAACUCAUCAGGACUAAAACAACUGUCAAAAUCAUUGGUUUGUAGAUAAUUCCCUAAAUAAACUGUUGACACUUAUCAACUAUAUCAAUUUACUCAAUCUGUUCGUCCACAUAUGUAAACUGAUUACAUCUUAAUUUUUACAGAAAUUGUCAGAGACUGGUUGGUGAAACCAUUGAGAGAUCAGCAUGUGAAACCCAAGGCCACUGCCAUUUUCAAGUGUGAGCUCUUCAAAGAAACCCCCAACUGGAAGUUUUUCAAAGGCAACGAUGAGAUUACUAAUGAUCCUACUGACAAGACUGAGGUCAAGAAAGAAGGAAAAGUCUUGACUCUCACAAUAAAGAAUGCACAGCCCGAUGAUAUUGCAGAAUAUGCCAUGGAAGUUGAAGGCCACAGAUACACAGCUAAACUGACUCUUGGAGGUUGGUUGCACAAUCACACAUAUCUUGUAUGUUGUUCAAUCAAGUAAGGCUACCUACAUGAAGUGAAUGCUUAUUAUAUACUUUUGAUAUUUUUACAGAACGUGAAGCUGAGAUCUUGAAACCACUCUCCAGUUGUGAGGUGGUCGAGAAAGAGGAUGUUACGUUUGAAACUGAGAUAUCUGAAGAGGAUGUGCCUGGAGAAUGGAAACAUAAAGGGCAGGUCUUAACAAGAUCACCGGUAAGACUUGUCUUAUGAAUUGACUGAAAUAUUUCCCCGGACCCGUAACCUAAACUUUCAGAAAAACUGUUUUCAAUGUUGAACAGUCUUUGAUAUCUGUUUAACUAGUUUUUUUGUGCAUUUUCAGACAUGUGAGAUCAAAAUGGAGGGCAAGAAACGUUUCCUCACUCUGAAAAGUGUUCCGCUGGACGCGUCUGGUGAAGUGUCUUAUACAGCUCUGAAUGCUGUCACUAGUGCUGUGCUCACAGUUAAGGGUAAGCAAUUGUUUCAAGAGUAAAGUAUGUAUUUAUGUAUCGAUGAUGUUAUGCAUGUAUUGACAAAGAGAUCAUUAUUUGUAUCUCCCAGAACUGGAAAUGGACUUCACAGUCCCCUUAAAGGACGUGUCAGUACCUGAAAAGAAACAGGCUAUGUUUGAGUGUACUAUCACAAAGGAUGUGCCUAAAGUCAUGUGGUUUAAGGGUUCUGACACCAUUGGUACAUCAGACAAAAAAUAUGAAAUAAUCGAUGAUGGAAAAAAACACAUGUUGGUCAUAAACAAAUGUGAGUUUGAUGAUGAGGGAAAUUACAGUAUUGAGGCCUUGGGCAAAAAUUCAACCGCUAAACUCACUGUGGAGGGUAAGUGUGGAACCAUUGUUAUUAUAUUUGACAUCCUUUGA